AUGGAUCACUCGCGCGAUCCCUGCCCCUGGGUUGCCCUGAGCGACUUUGGCGGCGCUUUCAGUAUGGGAGCCAUCGGUGGUGCUGUCUGGCACGGUGUGAAGGGUUACCGCAACAGCCCCUACGGUGAACGCCGGAUAGGAGCCAUCACAGCCAUCAAGGCGCGCGCCCCCGUCCUUGGCGGAAACUUUGGCACCUGGGGAGGUCUUUUCAGCAUCUUUGACUGCUCGAUCAAGGGGAUCCGAAAGAAGGAGGAUCCGUACAAUGCGAUUAUUGCUGGUUUCUUGACCGGUGGUUCCCUCGCUAUUCGUGGUGGAUACAAGGCCGCCCGCAACUCUGCUAUUAUGUGUGGUGUCUUCCUCGCGGUGAUCGAGGGUGUCGGUAUUGGCUUCCAGCGCAUGAUGGCCGAUAACACAAAGCUUGAGCUUCCUCCCCCUCCUCCUUCCGACCAGAAAGCUCUCGCAUAG